AUGCUGUCCCACUCUGAUAACUUCGAAGGGCUUGUGCUCAAGGAUGUCAUCCCCAACGACCGCAAGCCCUGGUACAGAGAUGGCACCCUCAUCAAGCUGAACACGAUCCUGCUCUGCGCUCUCCUCACUCAAAUCGCCUCUGGCUACGACAGCAGCAUGCUGAAUGGCAUGCAAUCGCUCCCCCAGUGGACAAGCUACUUUGGCGAGCCAACAGGCACCCGUCUAGGAGCCAUGACAUUCGGUCCCACUGGUGGGACUCUCAUCUCAGUUCUCAUCUCAUCCCAGCUCUGCGACAGAUAUGGCCGUCGAUAUCCCAUCUGCGGAGGAUCCAUCAUCAUCAUCGUCGGCGGAAUCCUCCAAGCAGCAGCAGUCAACUACGGCAUGUUCGUCCUCUCCCGGUUCAUCGUAGGCUUCGGUCUCGGAAUCGUCGCCACUGCUGCACCCCCUCUACUCACCGAAGUCGCAUAUCCAACUCACCGCGGCAAGCUGGUCUCCUUCUAUCUAGUUACCUGGCCGCUGGGCUCCCUCAUCGCCGCCUGGGUCACAUACGGCACAUUCAAAAUGACCAAUUCCUCCUGGAGCUGGCGCAUCCCAAGCGCACUGCAAUGCUUCUUCUCCCUAACCCAAGCCAUCCUAAGCCUGUUCGCCCCGGAGUCUCCCCGCUGGCUAAUCUACCAAGGCCGCGCCGAAGAAGCCCUCGCCAUCCUAACAAAAUACCACGGCCACGGCGACGCAGACAGCCGGCUGGUCCGCUUCGAAAUGGCCGAAAUCACAGCGACACUGGAAAUGGAAAAAGCACAGCGUCUGUCGCGCUGGACAGAGUGGCUGUCAACAAAAGGGAAUCGCCACCGUCUCUUCCUCGCCUUGUACAUCCCCGCCAUGCUGCAGUGGUCCGGCAAUGCAUUGACAUCCUACUACCUGUCCAAAGUCCUCAACACAAUUAACGUCACAGACGCCAAAACCCAGCUCAUCAUCAACGCCUGUCUCUCCGUCUGGGGGUUCCUGACAGCCGCCUUCUUCGCUACCCUCGUCGACCGCGCCGGCCGCCGCAGACUCUUCCUCUCGGGGAUGGGCGGGAUGGGAAUCGCCUAUAUAAUCUGGACGAUCUGCUCGGCGCUAAACGAAAAACACAAUUUCGAGGAUAAGGGGUUCGCGGCGGCCGUGCUGGCUAUGAUCUUCGUCUUCAGCGCCGCAUACCACAUGUGCUCGCCGGUGGCGCCAACGUACAUCAUGGAGGUGGUUCCCUUCUCGCUCCGCGCAAAGGCGGCCAUGAUGUACCAGCUUACGGGGAAUCUGGCGGGCCUGUAUAAUAGCUUUGCGAACCCGGUGGCUAUGGAUGCGAUUUCGUGGCGGUAUUAUAUUGUCUGGUGUGUGGUGAUUGGGGUGAACUUUGUUCUCAUUUGGUUGUUUUUUUCUGAGACCAGGGGGAAGGGUUUGGAGGAGGUGGCUGAGAUUUUUGAUGGGCCGGAUGCUUUGGUUGGGAGGAAUGCGAUGAGGAAUUUGGGGUUGGAUGUUCCUAAGGCUGCUGUCUAA